GCGCGCGCGCGCGCGCGGCGGGGCUCCGCGCCUCCCCCGCCCCGCUCGGGCUCGGCGGGGACUACAAUCCCCGGCAUGCCCCGCGGGAGCGCUCCCUGGGGUUCCGGCUCGGCUCCGGCGGCUGACAGGCGAAGGUGGCCGGUGGUGCUGAGGGCUCCAUGAAUCUCUCUGGCAGCAAAGACUCAGCCCCCGUGGAAGAGAAAAACCUGCCCCGGCGGGCGGCUUCGGAAGGGCUGGGUGCCCCGCAGCCGGCUGAUGGGAGCUCCCUCGCCUGCCAGCCCAUCGGCCUGGAAAACGGAGCCAGCCCGCCAGCCGAGUGGUUCCAGCGCGCCCAGGGCUCCGGGCUGCGCCAGCCUGACAGCGAGGCGGACGGCGGCGAGAGGAACUUCAAAGUGAAUCUGCACUGCAAGCACUCGCGGCCAAGAGAGCUCAAGUGUAACAGCCGGAGCAGCAAGGCUGAGGGUCCAUGCAUCAGCUUCUCCGACACCCAUGUCAGCAACUGUUCCACCAAGAGGCACCCAGGAGAGGAGGAGUUCAGGAUGCGCGUGAAGCCCCCAGGCCCAGUGGUGACAUCUGGUGCCAUCCGCAGCUCACCUGACUACGUCCGCGAGCCCAAGUUCUACCAGGCAGGGCAUCCUGGGCAGAGGCCAGCAGCGUGCCCGGCAGAGAAGGCCUUAUCCUGCAGCGUGCUGAGCUUCCCUGAGGGUUCCUGCCCGGCGCUGGGCCGGGAGCACCAGUCCGGCUCGCUGCUCCAUGGGGACCCGGCCGACAGGUGCCAGAGCCUCCACGCCCUUGGUCCCAUCAAGGGAGAGGACUUCUCCUCGACCAACGUUUUGGGCUGUGCCAGUGACCCCCGGAUCCUGGUGGGGGGCCUGGAUGAGACAGCCACCCACGACCGCGCCCCCAAGACCUUCUCGAAUGCGACGUUGGCUUCCGGCCGCUGCAACGUCGACAACAUCGUCUCGCUGCUGAAGAGCAAGUGUGGCAACGGGAGAAUCAACCUCCACCCGGUGGUGCAGCUGAUCGACAUCAUGAAGGACCUCAACCGGCUCUCCGAGGACCUGAAGAACAGUGGCGUCCACCUGGACUGCGGCAACCUGCGGCUUAACAGCCACCCGGCCCCCAGUGAGGAGAGCCGGACGCCGGCCAGCACCGGGGACCGAGAUCUCCAGUACAGCUUCUUCUCCUCAGCCACGCUGGCCAACAGCAUUCGCAGCCCGGAGGAGAGGGUGGCACAGUGCAACGCCAAACCCGAGCCACUCAGGCAGACUCACCCGGCCCCCUCUGAGGAGGAGAUGGAGGGAGGCAGAGAAAGUCCCCAGCCGCCAGGAUGCCAGAGCAACACUGCCCCGGCCUCGAAGCCACCUGGCAACCCAGACGAAGCCAGCUGCUCCGAGCCAGACACCACGGAUUACUCUGAGCUGGCUGAUGCAGAUAUACUGAGUGAACUGGCCUCUCUGGGCUGCCCAGGGGCCCAGUUGCUGGAGUCUCAGUCUCUGGAGCCCCAGCCCCAGUUGCUGUCGGCCCAGGAGCUCGAUUCCCAGUCCCAGUUACUAGAUUCUCAGUCUCUUGAGUCCCAGCCUCGGCUACUAGAUGCCCAGACUCUGGAUCCCCUGCCCGAGUCCUUGGAGCUGCAGAGUCUAGAGCCGCUGCCAGAGUCGCUGGGGCUCCAGUCUCUAGAGCCCUUGUCCGAGUCUCUGGAGCUCCAAUCUCUAGAGCCCUUGUCGGAGUCUCUGGAGCUCCAGUCCCUGGAGCCCCUGUCUGAGCCUCUGGGACUCCAGGCCCUGGAUACUCUGCCCGAAUCACUGGACCCCCAGCUCUUAGACUCCCAAGCCCAGCUGCUAGAUCCCGAGGCCCAGUUACUGGACCCUCCAUCUCUAGGGCCCCUGCCCAAGUUGCUGGAGCCACAGCCCCAGCUCAUGGCAGCCGAGCCCCUAGGGUCCCAUCCGCUCCAGCCUCACCUCAGUAGCUGCCAGCUGGGGGAGGUGAUGAAGCGGGGCUCCUGCGCGGGGCGGGGCGCGGGGCGGGGCGGGGACGACCACCGGAAAUAUGCGCUGCGCAGAACAGACAAACCAAAGAUGCUCGGGCGGCGGCGGCGGGCGGGGCGGGGUCGGCGGGUGGAGGUCUCUGCCGAGAGCCGAGUCCUUCCCCUGGCCGUGCCAGCGGAGCUAGCCCCGGGGCCGCCCGAGCCCAGCGUGUCCAUCCUGCUGGCGGCUCCCACCCCGGAGGCCGAUGACGUCCAGAAGGCUGCCCUGCAGGCCAAGAAGGGCAAAUGCCGCGGGGUGCGCAAGAUGGUGGUGAAGAUGGCCAAGAUCCCCGUCUCCUUGGGGAGGAGGAACAAGACCACCUACAAGGUCUCCUCCCUCAGCAGCAACCUGAGUGUGGAGGGCAAGGAGCUGACGGCCCGCACGUCCAUGGAGCCCACCCCGCUGCUGAAGAUGAAGAACAAUGGCCGCAAUGUGGUGGUGGUCUUCCCUCCUGGGGAGAUGCCCAUCAUCCUGAAGCGCAAACGGGGGCGGCCCCCCAAAAACCUGCUGCUGGGGCCGGGCAAGCCCAAGGAGCCCACCCCGGAGGUGAAGAAGAGGAGGAGGAGGAAGCAGAAGCUGGCCUCGCCCCAGCCCUCCUACAUUGCCGACACCAACGACAGCAAGGCAGACUACUCGGAUGUGCUGGCCAAGCUGGCCUUCCUGAACCGGCAGAGCCAAUGCUCAGGGCGCUGCUCCCCACCACGCUGCUGGACCCCCAGUGAGCCCGAGUCCAUCCACCAGGCCCCUGACACACAGAGCAUCUCCCACUUCCUGCACAGGGUACAGGGCUUCCGCCGGCGUGGGGGCAAGGCGGGGGGCUUUGGCGGCCGGGGAGGGGGCCAUGCCGCCCGCUCGUCCCGCUGUUCCUUCAGCGACUUCUUCGAGGGCAUCGGGAAGAAGAAGAAGGCCCCCACGGCCAUGCACGCUGACCCCGUCCACCCGCGCAAGAGGGGCCGGCCAGAGCCGGAUCCCUUGGGGAAGCCCAAGAGGAAGAGGCGAGCCCGCAAGAAUGGGGUGCUCUUUCCAGAGCAGAACCCCAGCCAGAACUUCAGUGACAGCACCUCGGAGUGGGCCGGGGACAAGGGGAGCCCGUGGGCGCCCCACCACAGCCACCUCUCCAGCCAGACUAGCAGGAACUGCAGCUACCAAGGUGCAGAGUCGCGGGCGUUCCCCUCCUCGGCGCUGGAGUCCAGCUCUUCCAGCCGGGCCGGCUUCUUCACCGGGAGCAACCCAUCCUCCCAGACAGAGGUCAACCAGGAGAGACACAACCUCUUCACCGGCUACUUCCGCUCCCUGCUGGACUCGGACGACUCCUCAGACCUGCUGGACUUUGCCCUCUCGGCCUCGCGGUCCGAGUCACGGAAGUCCUCUGCCACCUACACAGCCCCGCCCAACGCCAUGCCCAGCCAGCGGGGCCUGGCCUCCUACCCAGGCAGAAGCGCCAAAAUCACACCCGCUGCUGCCACCACCACUGAGGCUCCUUUCCACGCGGUCAUGCCAAGCCGGCAGUCCUUCUCCCACAGCCGGGCAGCCGGCUACGGGGUCUCCCAGGCCACCUCAGAUUGCCGCGGGGCCGACGCCUUCCAGAAACUGGUGCCGCCCUCAGCCGUCUCCAGGUCGCCCACCGCUCACCCCACCGCCACCGCCAGCUACGCCCAAUACGGCAGCUACGGCUCGGGGCAGAGUGUGACGGCCUCCAGCAUGUUCCAGCCGGGAAAGCAGUACCCCGCUGCCCAAGACUGUCCCAACAACAAGGACUGCAGCUUCGCCUACGGCAGUGGGAACAGCCUCCCUUCGUCCCCCAGCAGCGCCCACAGCGCCGGCUACGCCCAGCAGACGGUGGGGCCCAGCUUGCCACUCAGCAAGGCCUCCUUCUUCACCAGCUCUGAGCCGGGCCAGUUCUCCGGCUCCUCACACACGCCCCUAAGGUGCGACAGCCGGGCCAGCACCGUGUCCCCCGGCGGCUACAUGGUCCCCAAAGGUUCGGCUUCUUUCCAGCCCUCGUCCGAGAACUGCCGACAGUUCCCCAGCGCUGCCCAGUGGACUUUCCGACAAGGCUACGGUGGGCUGGACUGGAGCUCCGAGGCCUUCAGCCAGCUCUAUAACCCAGGCUUCGAGUGCCACAUCAACGAACCCAACGUCAUCCUGGACAUCUCCAACUACACCCCCCAGAAGGCCAAGCAGCAGACGGUCUCGGAGACCUUCUCUGAGUCCUCCUCCGACAGCACCCAGUUCAACCAACCAGCUGGGUACAGGCGGGCCAACAGCGAGGCCUCGUCCAGCGAAGGCCAGUCCAGCCUGUCCAGCUUGGAGAAGCUCAUGAUGGACUGGAACGAGGCCUCCUCGGCUCCGGGUUACAACUGGAACCAGAGUGUCCUGUUCCAAAGCAGCUCCAAGCCCGGGCGGGGAAGGCGGAAGAAGGUGGAUAUGUUUGACACCUCCCAUCUGAACUUCUCCUCCUCUUCCUCCUCCUCCUCAGUGUAUCCGUCCAAGAGGAGCACGGGGCCCAGGCAACCACGGGGCUCCCGAGGGGCCUGCGCCUCCAAGAAGGAGCGGGGCACGGGGAAGGCCAAGUUCCCCACCAAAGCCCAGCAGGUCAACGCGCUGUUUCAAGAGAGCACGGAUUUGGGGCUGGAUUAUUACAGCGGCGACAGCAGCAUGUCCCCGCUCCCCUCCCAGUCCCGGGGCUUCGGGCUCAGCGAGCGAGAGCCGGGCGACUACGCUGGGCCCUACUCCAUGAACCCCUCUACCCCUUCCGACGGGACCUUCGUCCAAGGCUUUCAGAGCGAUUCCCCCGGCCUGGGCCAGACGGACUUGGAGAGCAAACAUUUCCCCGCCCUGCCACACCAGCUGGCUGCCCCGGCCCAGCAGACUGUGUUCGAGGCCAGCUUGCAGAAAGCCUUCUCGCCCAACUGCUCCCCGACCCUGGCCUUCAAGGAGGACCUGCGGCCGAGCGACAUCCGCAAGCUGCCGGCCUGCGAAUCACUCAAGCACAGCAUGCCGGGGAGCGGCCUGCCCCACCCCGCGCACAUGGCCUGCCGAGACCUCCCCAUGCCUCAGCCCCUCUACGACUCCCCCAGCUGCAAAAACCCCAGCUACUGGUACUCACCCAACUCCAGCACCAGGAGCCCCCCCUACGACAACAAAGCCGGGGCCGGCCUGCUGGUGGACUUCAUGGGGAGGGCUGAUGCCUCCUGCCUCAACCCCCACCUGAGCAACACCAACACCUCCAAGGGUGAGAAGGAGCCCCUCGAGAUGGCCAGGGCUCACCACCGGGGGGCAUACGCUUGCCCCUUGAUGAAUGACUUGAAUAUCUCCCCAGUACCGAGAGACUCUAUGCUGCAGCUGCAGGACAACUACAGGUACCCGAGCUUCCCGCCCCAAGGGCAUCCGAUCAUGGCCGCGGCCCAGAAGAGCGGGUUUUUGGGUCCAAUGGUAGAGCAACACCCCGAGGACACUUUUACAGUCACCUCAUUGUAGUGUCAUCUAAAGUGCCAACCGGACAACGAGGUUUUGUUACAGGAGCUAAUUUAGCCAGCACUUUUUCUGGAACACUUUUCAAGUUCUGUAUUUAACUGAGAUCGAGAACUGUUUGUUUGUUUGCUUUUCUAAAAAAAAGAGAAAAAAGAAAAAAAAAGAAAAAGAAAGCGGAGAAGAGGAAGAGGGAAGCCCCCUGUUUUUUUAACAAUAAGAACUCGCUCCGUCUCUGAACAACGUGGCUGUGAUUUUUGGACCAAGCCGUGUUGUCGUGUCCGUCCCCCCCUCCCUCCCCGCUCACACCUCCUGCUCCACAGCCUCUAGCAGAAAGACAAUCGGACAGCAGCCGCCUCCUUCCCGCCCCCGCCUGCAUGCGUGUGAGCUGACAGAGGGAAGGCAGCGGAACACAACUCGGGACAGCGACGGGAGGGGCUUGGGGGGGGGGGCUGGGAUUUUUUGUUGGUUGGUUUGAUUGGUUUUUCUACAAAAAUAAAUGAGAUCUGUGAACUCGAACGAAAAACUCACAGAUGCCGACCGAGGACUUGGCUACGUCCCCUCUUCCGCCACGUUUGCUGUUUUGGAGGGUUUCUUUUAUUUUUUGUUCCCCAGUGUGUUUGUUUUUGGGGGUAUUUUUGUUGCUUGAUUUUUUUUUUUUUUUUUUUUUUUGGAGAGCCAAAUAUAUAUAUAUAUAUAUAUAUAUAUAUAUAUAUAUAUAUAUAUAAAAAACUCCACCAGUGGAUCUUGGAGACACACCUAUUGCCUGGUAAGUAACUGAGCAGGAUCUCCCCUCCCCCUGCUAUGUCUUUUCUGCUCCCCAGACCCGCUUCCGGGAGCUGGUGUGUGUGUGUGUGUGUGUGUGUGUGUGUGUGUGUGUGUGUGUGUGUGUGUUAGGGGUCAUCCCUCUCCCCUGUUGAUUCUUGGGGGGCUGGAGUCAGCCGCUCUGUGCCGUUAUCAGAGCCGGCUCAGGUUGGUGAUUGCUGCGGAGGGCUGAAUUGAUGGGAGAGCUAACUGUGGGUGGGAAGGGGAAGGCCUCUGUGUCCCGCAGCCAGUGUGGACCGGGGAAGGCUGUUGGUUGAGUUACUCUGUGCGUUUUGUAGCGGAAGAAUAAAGCUGUGCCCUGGAGGAAGGGCCCCCUCAGACUGUGGCGUGGCGUUAGUCCUUCCUGGGCUGGGGGACAAGCCAGACACCCCGUGGGGCAGCAGAGGGGGUCCCAGCACCAUGGCCUGCCGAGAUCAGUAGACAGGCUCCUGGGGUUUGGCUGAACCCCAGUGUAGCUCGUGGGCGGUGAGGAAGGGACGCUCCACAGUGCAGUGAGGACGCUGCCACCCUCGCGCUCCCAACAUCUGUUUGUGUCUCACCCACGGAACUAGGAGCUAGAUUCUCCCCUUGCUCCCACUUGUGAGCGUCACGGCAGCUGGGCCAGGUCUGGCCCAGCAUGUCUGAGAUCGGAUCUGAGCUGCCCUGCAUUCCCCUCUCUCUGCUCUUCCCCAUUACACGGUCUCCUUCCCCCUAGCUCUCCUCUUCCAUCACCCCCUCCCGGAUAGUGCCCCCUCAGUCGCCAUAGGGCUGAUGAGAUGGAAGAUCCUCGCACACCUGCAGGCACCCGGAUUUCAGCGUGGCCUGAGUGGGCCAUGAUCUGCACUUACCAUCCCUGUUUGGGGAGGUUGUUGAUGCUCGGGGAGCAGCCUUUGCCCCCAGCAGGACACGUGAAAUGUUCCCCGUCCCUGUUCAUGGUGAGGCUGGUAGAAGCACGGACGCGUGCGUCUCUAGGCACGGACUUAAAGGGCUGGGUUCGGGCCCCCUCGCCCUCUGUGCAGGGGUAAGGUGAGAGGGGGCAAGGAGCCCUUUCCUUUCAACUUCACCCCAUGCAGCGGGCAGUAAUCACCCCGGAUCUUACACUCCCGGGGAGAAUUGGGAAAAAGGGGGGCUUACAGCUGCUGGCCCAGUGCAAGGUUAACAACAUUCUCCCUGUGAUGCUGUCCUGGGGGUGGAGUUUGAGGGGAGGUGGAUCUGUGAAGUGGGGCUGGAAGACCCGGGGGUACCGUCCGUGCUGAUGGGAGGGCAGGCGACUCUCACCGGGGCCAUAAACUGGUCACUCUGGGGCUGUAGGAGGGAUUCUCCCCCGUCACCCGUACUUGGCCAGGUGCCCUGUGGGUCUGGGUGCUGGGAGGACUAUCUGAAGCAUCAGUCACUGACCGCUGCUGUCGGUGGAUCCUGGCUUCCGAGGCCUCCGUUCGCAUUGCCUGUUCAGUGAAGGAGGCUGCUGGGUUGGGGAUUUGUGCCUAAAUCAGGGGUCAAUAGGAAGGGCCGUAACACGCUGUCCCCAUGCCUCCUGGGCUCUUCAGCUCAGCCUGCGUUUGACUGGCAGCCGCCUAUUGCAGGGACCACCCAUGUCACUGGGCUUGCAUCUCCACUCACCUUCCCAUGGCCCUGCACUGAUUUCAGCGGCGUCGCUCCUGAUUUACACCCAUCUCUGCGUCCCAUCCAGCUCCCACUGCCGUCAACUGGAGUCUUGGCGUUGGCUCCUUUGGGAGCCGGAUCAGGUUGCCGGGGAGAGGAGAAUCAGGGCCGUGGAGAAACGGUUCUGCUUCACCCCCUCGGCAGGCUGCCCCCGCUAGGCAAAGGGGCAGUCGGCAGCUCCGUGUGGCUGGAGUUGCUGCCUGUAGAACUUUGUGUGAAAAAUGGGGCACUUGCAGGUUUUGGGGGGUGCAUGCCUGAUUGUGUGUGCACAUGCAUGUUGGUGUGGGGGGGAGAGACACACGUUAGUUAGGGCGGGUGUCUGUAUUUGCACAUCCGUGUGUGCACAUGCGUGUCUGUGUGCACACAUGGUUAUGGGAGGGGGGCAUGUCUGAAUGCCUGUCUGUGUGUAGAACCUGGUUUCUUUGCCUUGUCUUCAGAUCAGUGCUUCUCAACCUUUUCUGUACUGGGAGCCUCUCUGGCUAGGAGCUGGCCACAAGCCCUUCCUAGCUAGCAGUAUAGGAAGGGGAGGCUGGCUGCCAACCCAUGACCCCUGUCCGUGCCCCCCAGGGUAAGAACCCAUGACUUGGAUCCUCUGUCAAAGCCCACUGCCUUGGGUUCCCUACGUUCAACAACUCAUCCAUAUAAUGGUCCUCACGCAAGGGCUGAUGGAUCCUUCCAGGUGUGUGCAACAGACACAGCACGAAUCCACUUCAUCCCACCCCUCCAUUUCCAUCUCCACCUGGGAAGCCACUGGCUGUUCCCUGCCCCUGCCCAUGGGACCCCGGAGCCUUGCAGAAGGAAUUCCCCUGGGUCCUGAGUCCCAGCCCUUCGUCAGGAUGCAGCUAGAGCUCUCAGUGGCUAGGUAAUGUGGUGCUAAUUGCGUGCCAGGUUUGUUUCUCACUUGUUCAGUUUCAGUAAGGGGCUCUCCUUUGACAAUGGAUCCAUGUUGAAUUAACAGACCAGAACUGCCUUAAGAGAGGCACAUUCAAGGCUCAGGUGAGGCCUUUCACCAGCAGUGAGGAUUAAAUUUUUGAUUAUUUUUUUUAACUCCUUUUCAGCGAAGGGCCCUGAGGGCCUGGUUUUCAGACAAGCUCAGCUUCUCUGAAGGCACUUAAUGAAAUGGGUCAACUUCCAGCAGUGUUCAGCACCCACUGAGAAUCCCCCACCUGCCCCUCUGAGAACGAUGGGGAGUUCCCCACACACACACACACCAUUGAGAACGAUGGGGAGUUCCAUGCACACACGUACACCCCACUGAGAGCAAUGGGGAGCCCCACACACACACACACCCCACUGAGGAUGGUGGGAGCUGCUGGGCACUGAGCUGUUGUUAUUACAGUCACACCUAGAGGCCCCAGCUGAUCCAGGCCCCGUUGUGCUAGGCACUGUACAUUCCCCCAGUGAGAGAUGGGCCAAGCCUCAAAGCACUCACAAUCUCAAUAGACAUGGUAGACAAGGGAGGGGGUGGGACAGAGGAGACGUGAUGUGCCCAAGGCAGAGCAGAGCCUAGAAUCCAGGUUCUCCCGACUCCCAGCCCAGUGCCUUGUCCUCUAGCCAGUGCUGCCUCCCCGGCUGCUGUGAAAAUCCCCUGGACCUCCAGCCUCUCAUGCCCAUGGGCUGAUCCUGCAAGACGCUGAGUGCCUCUGAGAAAUCCCCAAGGCCUCUCCAGGGCGGGACGGAGGCAGCGUUCCCCUUGCCCAGGCAGGAGCCCUCCGUCUCUGGGGCUGGAGGAGUCGAAGCUCUGGGGCCUGGCUCUGGGGCCAGGCUGUGGGGCCUGUGGGAGAGUGACAGCCAGGCCUGCAGUGCUGUCACCAUCUCCAGCUCCCGGAGGGUGGGCACCUCCUCACCACUGUGCCCCUGUUUCCAAGCCAGCCCUUUCCAGGGGAGGAGGAAUGAAUCGAAAAGGAGACUGAUCCUGGGGCAGGGGUCCAAAGGAGCAGCGCAGAGGGAGGGGUUUCUGCAGGGCGGGGGGCUCUCUGCGUGUUCAGGGGGGCGCUUCAGGCAGCGGGGUAACCCUCAAGCUAAUGCCCCAUCCUGCGGAGCAAACUCCCGCUGCUCCCAUACCCACCAGCCCCUGUGUGGGCGCCACUCGGCAGAGCUCCCCUGGGGGCGCUGGAGUCCUCCGGAGCCGGGGGAGCUGCGCGGAGUGACUCCAGCAGAGGAUCCGGCCCUGCGGGGCCUGCUGCUGGGAGGACCUCUCCGCGGCAAGCCGAGCCCAGUUCAGCUCCAUAUCUAUGACAACUGGUCUUGGCUCAGGCCUGAGCUCUCCUUGUUCUUCCCGGUCCUCGGCAGCCUAGUGGGCUCCAGAGGCUGACCCAAGGGGCUACACCGGCGCAUUCCUCCACGUUCUCGUGCCUCCAGAUCCUCCUGCUCGCUGGUCUCUGCUGCCCUCCAAAGCUGGGCCCUCUAGGCUCACUGGCAGCUGAUGUCAGUGGAGUCACUCUGGUUUUACAUCAGUGUAACCCAGAGCAGAACCUGGCCCUUGGAGCGUUUCUUGUAGCAGUUAACACAAUGGAUGUAGUGCAGGCCUGGUUCCUACAUGGGGCCCCCUACUCUGCUGUGGGUGGCCAAGCAGCUGCACCCAUUCCCUCCCAUCCCCACCGUACGUGUCUGUCUGGUCCUCAAAUGCAACCAGGAAAGGCACCAUGGUGCCGAUUGGGUGCUGCACGUGCACCCAGGUCCCCGCUGUGAGCUCAGCUCCAGAGAAGAUGAAUUGGCUCAUCUCAGAAAGUCACCUGCAGUGCGGCGGGGAAAUCUUUGCUUUUCUCCCCAUGUGCUUUGGGCCGGGCCCGGCUCCCUUCUGGCUUAAACAGGUUCUGCUGCUCUAGAUGCUAAAAUGCCUCUGAACUUCAGAAUCCUGCCAAACCCCCCGGUUUGCAACAAGCUGGGUUGCAUCUGGAGCUGUGAAAUUGGGCAAUCUGGCUCUCGUCAUGGGUGUCAAACAAAAACCAGACCCCUGGCUGACCUAGUGGGACACCUCUCUGACAAUGGCCAGGAGCAGACAGGUACUGGCCAGAGCAGAUAGUAGAUACUCUGUGUGCUCUUUUGCAAUCCUAUGCCAUGAAUAACAUUUCUUCCUGACCCCCAGCUCUGAACCAGGAGGACUAAGAGUCCUGGAAUUUUUAUCCUAUGCUAGUGUGAUUGCAGAUGGUAAUGGUGGGACCCUGAGGUGCAGGUACCUCUGAGCAGCAAAGACAGACUUUUCAUGAGCAGCAUGGCCCACAAAGUUCAAUGGUUCUGCCUCUCAGCCCACAACAAGAUGGUGUCAUUGUAACAGGCCCAUUCAUCUAACAGAACCUCAGCACCAAAGUCUGGAUUCAGAUCUGGCUUUGAGCUGCACUCACACCUCUAUUGACACUAUACUGGCCUGAUCCCCUCUCGCUGACUCACGCCAGAGUACCCGAGAGCAGACCCAGGCUCACAGAGCGUAUAUGUAAUGGUGAUGAGUGCAGUACCACCCCGGGACCUGGCACGGUGCCCAGUGCUGCCAGCGGAGAGGCAGAAGGGGCCUGUGGGUCAGACGUUGGGCUCGGGUGCAACUGACUUCAGUUCCUGCGUCUGUCUCAGGUUUCCUGUGGGACUUUGCUCCAGUGUCCAGUCCCCCACCUUUGAAAGAGAGAGAGAACAUAUGGCCAGCACCUGGCACCUCUGUGUUCCCCCACCCUUUGUCUGCCAGAUUUAUUUAGACGAUAAAUGGUUUGGGGCAGGGCCUGUCUCUUGUUAUAGGUAGUCUACACUUGAAAUGCUACAACUGCAGCUGUGAUGCUGUUGUACUUCAGGGUAGACGCUGACUACAGCCACGGGAGGGGUUCUCCCGUCCGCGGAGAUACUCCACCACCCCGAGAGGUGGGGGCUAGGUCGACAGAAGAAUUCUAGCUCUGUUUAGGGGGUUAGCUCGGCUUAACUCAGGGGUGCGUUUCACACUGCUGAGCACCAUAGUUGGGCCUGGCCUCGGUGUAUGUACUGUACCUAGCGCAGUGCCUAGGAACCCCAGCCGUGGACCAGGGGCCAGAUGUUCAAAGGUGUUUAGACACCUAAAGAUGCAGAGGAGUUGGGCACCAUGUGCCCUUCUCUGAUGCGCUACUGGUUCUUGUCCCGCCCUCAUCCUCGUAGUAUCGUGCAGUAAGUGACCUGCCUAGCGGCGACUUUAGACACCUAAAUACUUUCUGCAGCUUUUGACCUCCGUUGUGCUAGACACUGAACAAAAACACAGGCCCUGCCCCCAUGGCAAGACCCCCAUUGACUGCAGCGGGUGUUGGAUCAGACCCAUAGCCCUCCAGGGGUGAGAGCAUAGUGUGUCAUCAAUGUCUGUUUCAUACGAGUGAAUGGGUGAAGGCAGGUGUGUGACAUUAAUUUCCUCUCUCGUUUGUCUUUUGCAGCUUAUGUAAACAAAUGAGAAGACCCCACCCUGUCCGAUCCCAGCCAUGAGUUUACUACACCACAGUCUAGCAUCCACCGGCUGCUCUGGGCAGAUUUUUUUUUUUUGGCAGGGGCGUGGGGAGAUGGGGCGCGUCCCCCACUCCCAAAGCAUCAACGUGCACCAAAAUCCCAGCGAGAAGAGUGAAAAGCGUCGCACCGCCUUUCACCUGCCUGAUCUACGCCCCAGGUUGGCCUCUCCGCCUCACUUCUCCUCCAGACCCCUCCCUCACAACUUUCUUCCUCUAUCCCACUCUGUUUGGCAGCAGAGAUGCCCCCCAGUCUCUCCUCUGUUUGGCAGCAGAGAUGGCCCCCGGUCUCUCCUCUGUUUGGAAGCAGAGGGAUGUCUGUUUUUUUUUUCUGCACAAAACCAGCAAUUGUAUAUACUUUUGAAGAAAAGAAAAAUGUAAAAAAAAAAAUCAAAAACAAAAAACCCGCACACGGAAAAAAAAUUAAAAAGAAAUAAUCCCCCCCCCCAAAAAAAGUUGAAAGGCAAAUAUGCAGGCGAAAGAAGCAAAAACCCACCAGUAUGCACUGAGAAAAUUUAUUUACAGAUCGAUCGACAAAAAAAAGUAACAAUAACCUAUUUAUUGUAUAUAAUGUUUUAUUAUAAAUCGUGUCUUGUAUAUUGCA